GUCAAAGAAGAUCGUUACUCAGUGCGAGAGAAAGAAUUAUAAAUUGAGCUUCUGCUUCUUGAGAAUACAUCUCACUUCACUUACAUUGAGCACGCAAUCUGACAAGUUCCCACUUGUCACGUGCACUUUGACGACUUCGUAAUAGCAACACUCUUAGGACCAAACAGCACGACCGACUUGCAGACCAAAAUGUCUUCCAUCAGCACCUACGACGUCUCAGUCCCCAUCCUCGUCCGCAACCUCGAGAUCCUGACGACAAUCCUCAAAAAAGGCGAAGCAUGGGCCAAAGAGAAUGGCAAAGAUGGCGAAGCUUUUCUAAAAACUCGUCUGGUUGAUGACAUGCUCCCACUAAGCUUCCAAAUCCACACCUGCUGCAACUCCGCCAAAGCCGUGCUCCCACGUAUCGGCGGCGAAACUCCCGUCUCCGCUGACGACAACGAGAAGACUUUUGCGGAAUUCUAUGCUCGGAUUGAGUCCACGAUCAAGUUGCUCCGUGCUGCGAAGAAGGAGAAGUUUGUUGGGGCUAAUGAGAAGUGCAAUGUCAAAUUGGGCCCGAAAGAAAUGGAAAUGGGAGCUUUGGAGUACUUGCAAAAGUAUUGCUUGCCGACUUUCUUCUUCCAUUUCAUCACGGCGUAUAAUAUUUUGAGGAAAGAGGGUGUCCAGAUUGGGAAGUUGGAUUUCUUGGAUGCUCCCACUUUGACGAGUUGGAGUAUGUGAGAGGUUGCACAACGUAGAGCGCGAAGAUGGAAAAAGGUCGUGGAAAAGUAGAGGAUAUCGUGCUCGGGUGUAUGAGAAAUAUGCCUUCAAGGAGAAAUGAUGAUUCAAUUAGAAAAAGAUAUCAGAGAGUCACUCAGAUUCUGUGCAGAC